AUGUCCUAUCUUCUGCGGCUGCAGACAGGAGGAUGUGAAGAGCUGGUUACAAGAAAUGUGAUCUACAAGUCGCAGGUGGGACUGCUCAGGUGGCUAAAGAUAGAGAAGGAGGGAGAGAAAGCCAUGCAUGGAGAGAAGGAAGGUGACUUUGGGUCACCUCUGCAACUUACCCACAUGCACCAGGAUGGCAAGAGGUACAAGUCAAAUGGCCUGUGUGUCCCCUCCAUGGCUGAGGAAGCAGGAAAGGAGGAGCUCCUGAGCGAUCUUAUCGGCCAGAGGGAACGAGGAGAACUUUUAACGCAGAGAAUAAUCAAACUUCCAGAUAAUAUUUUGAAGCAGGUACAGCUGUCAGUAGCUGGAUUUGUUCACUUUGGAGACACUGUGAUGCUUGUGAACCCAGACAACAAAUCCUCACUGGAGAGGGACCCUAAAGACUGUGGCAAUCUGUCCUUGGCAGUGAAUAUGGAAGAAUCAUUCCUGUAUUCAUCUGAACCACUGCAAAUCCCAUAUGGAGUGAGUGCAGUCAUGAGUGUGGAACCUGUGGGUCGAAAUACUUUCUGUAUUGGCAAUGUUGAUGGAGGUGCAGAGGUUGAACCAAUUAGAUUUGGGCAAAGGUUUUGACUUGGGACAACAGGAGGAUAUUCUGACAGAUUGUUAUAUCUAGCAAGUGACCAUAAAACAUUUCUAAAAUUUGCUGAAAAAUCAUACCUUCAGCAAGUAUAUUUGACAGCUGAGCUUUCCCACUUGACUUGCUGGCAAGCUACCUUCUUGGAUCCACAGCUGCAUCUUGAAUAUGAAGGAUUUCCAGUGCCUGCAAACUGUACAAUUAUUAUUACUCAUUGCCAUACUAAUCAGAGCUUAGCUGUUCCAAGGAACUUUUGCAUAUGGACUUAAUUUGGAAAAGAACAUGAAGUCCUUUGUCACAAUUAUCUGGAUUCCCAUAAAGCUGAAGAAGAGAACUACUGGGAAAUAGUGACAGGAAAUCCUGGUGCUGAAGGUGGUGCAAUGAUUGAGAGACCUGAACCUCACCCAGGGGGAAUCAGAAAGAAUGAGCUUCAUGAAAAGACAUGGAAUAUAAAAUUCCAAGAUUACAGUUGA